AAUGCAUUUUUCUGCAGUCACUAUUGGACGGUACCGGGGAUGUCUGCUCAGUGCAUUAACAUGCACACAUGACUACUAGAGCGAAACUUCAGAAGUCAUUGGAUCUGGGGCGGACUGACAACUCAUGGGGCCCCCGGGCAAUAGGGGAUCAUGGGGCCCCUGUGUCCUUGGCCAAACUCAAAAAAGCCUAUGAAAAAGGUACCAGGGGCAUCUCAUGGGGUCCCCUACUGACCCUGGGCCCUCGGGCAGUGCCCGAGUUUCCAAAUGGUCAGUCCGCCCUGAUUGGAUCUAAAUCACAGCAAGGA